AGCUUUGAUAUAUUUUAUUUAUACAUGAAUGUAUAAAUUUCGGAAAUGGGUUGUCCCUUAUAAGCCAUUCAGAUUUGAAAUUAGCAGGUGCCAUAAUCUUACAAAAUUACACCACAUCGCUUUACCUUCGAGUAGUUUUGUUCAUUUGUCCUUUUUUUUUUUCGGUUCUACCCUUCAAUUCACAGAAGAAACACGGUUUAGAUUUAUAUCUUCAUGUCGACACUGGGUGACGACGAGUUAAGCUUAGUUCUCAAAUGGGUUUAUGACCAGAAUGACAGGAAGUCCUUCUCUCAAGUCUGCAAACAUUGGCUGCGAGUGGAAGGGUUAACCCGAUUAUCCAUUCGGAUUCUCGAACCUGAUCUCAUUCCCAAUUUUAUGCCCAGAUUCCCAAAUUUGCUUUUCUUUGAAACCCCGAUGUUUAUCUCCAAUUCCCACGUUGAAUUCGUGGCUAAAACAUGUCCGAAACUCCAAGUUCUUAACCUUAAUCUUAGGAAAACACGUGAAGAAUUGGAUGAAGUUGAUGGGAAUUCUGGUCUUGAAGAUGUUGGGAAUGAUGGGAUUUGCGCUUUGGCUCAUGGGUGUCCAAAUUUAUCGAAAGUUUUGUUGAGAAAAAGAAAGAAUGUAGGGAAUUUUGCAGUUAUUUCCCUUGUUAAAUUCUUGCAGAAUUUAAUGACUUUGGAUUUAGGAAGGUGUGAUUUGGUGGAUGACCAAGCUAUUGAAGCAAUCGGGUAUUCGAAUUCGAUACUGGUUUUGAAUUUGCAAGCUUGUUCAUUGGUUACUGACCAUGGAUUGGCUGUUUUAGCCACUGGGUAUAUCUCAAAAACAUUGAAAAAAUUGAUUCUUGCCGAGUGUGAUCGCAUUACUGAUUCUGGGGUGUCAAUGUUGAAGCAUAUUUGUUGUUUGGAGGAGUUAAAUUUAGCUGAAUGUGGGCCAAAGAUAACAGAUUCUGGUGGGAUAGCAGUUUCUUUAGUUACAAAUCUUAGGAAAUUGAAUUUGUCUUGGUUGGUCAACUUAUCAGAUGUCACAGUAAUUGCAAUUGCUAAGAAUUGUGUGAAUUUGGUGGCUAUUGAUUUAACAGGUUGUGAGUUGGUCACUGGAGUUGGAGUCAGAGCAUUUGGGAAUCAUAAAUCCCUAGAGUAUCUUGCGUUGGCUUCUUGUUACAAUAUUUGUAUGGAUGAUUUGAAUAUUGUGCUAAGAUGUCGGUCACUGAGAGACAUUGUGCUUGAUAAAGGACUGAGACUGUGGAUACCAAUGGCAAUGCAGGUGAAUAUCAGCAGGUUUUGUCUAUUGCACUGGAGGUGAAGGAUGAACGGAAGGGUUAGAAGUUUUUGUAGGAUAGAAUUGGAUUACAUCAAAGUUAGUUCUUGAUUUUGUCAGAAAUUCUUAUUGAUAUGCUUUUUUUUUGUUUAUAGUUUACACAAGCCUCAAAUCUUGUACUAUCAUUUAUAUUUUAAAACAAGCAGAUGUUCAGAUUCCCUUAUCU